UAUCCAAAGACACUCCUCUCCAAGACUUCCACCCGACCACAUUUCUCAACUCUUAGUUCCCCUUCUUCUAGGGGAUUUAUUUUAAGAGCAUUCUUUGGUUCUGCGGAAUGAGCAGUUUGUGAUGAUGCCCAUCAUUUUUCACAGCCUGGCAUAGCCGCAAUCGUUCCGGUUAGGACAGGAGGUGAAUCUUCAACAGUGGAGAGAUUCUGCAUGAUCGCAUCUAGCAGGAAGAGAUUUUCCUCAAGUUCCUCUUUUCGGUAGGAGUUAAUCUUGGCCUUGGAUGAGGUCCAAAAUCACAACCAGGCGGAGAAACUAAGCGGCAGCCAAGAAAUCCGCAUAUUUUUUUUAUUUUUUAUUUUUUGUAAAGGGAGCCCAGAGAAAUACAGAAGACGUAAUUCCUGCAGCCUAAAACAGGUAAUUCCAGGGUCUGAUCCAGACACCUUCACCUUCACACCACAGUUUCUGGGGGAACUGUGCAAAUUCCAGAACAACAACAGUCUUGACUCUUGUCCUUGUCUACGCUGUUUCUGGAUGUGUUAGACUGUCCAAACUUGGGAUGGGUGUGUUUUGGUUUGCUCCGUCUUGAGAGAUGGGUUCUGCUCGGUCACCUCUUGUCAUGUUUCACUAGUUUUAUAAGAAUGAAGUUUGUAGUCUUGUGGUUUUGCAUUACGAAGUACGUGAUUGCGAUAACCAGGAAAGUUUUAUUCGGGUGUGAUGUGCUGACUUGAUUUUAGCAGCUGGACAGGAUUGGAAAACAGCUUGAUUAGAGCUAGGUGUACACACUUUCUAAUAUCGGCGCACUUGUGGGACAGCUAGAGGUUAGUGGCACCCGCCCCGUUGUGCAAUGUACACAAAAAUAUUUCUCUUCACAAGGAGUUCAAGUGGUUUAACUGGAAGUGACUUUAUCAGAGAACUAGGAAUUCUGAAGUCAAUUAAAGUAUUAUUUAACUUUCCCUACCUGACCCAAAGGUGUUUUUUUUCAGGAGGCAACUGGACUUCCUUCUUUUUUCUUUUGAAGACGUUUCGCUUCUCAUCCAAGAAGCUUCUUCAGCUCUGGCAGGAUAGCGGGGAGUGGAAGGAUUUAUAUUCCUUGCAGAGAGCUGGUCAUUUGCAUCCUUUUAGAGGGUCCUUGAAGCACUUGGAAGUUGAUCUGUGUCCUCAGGGUCACCUGAGUGGUUUUCCUGGGUCCUGUAGUCUGCAUUUUUUUCCCUCUGGAAAUCCAUUCCUACUCCCACACCAUUCAAAGGGUGCUCAUCCCAAAUUGUAUAGCUAAAAGUCAGUCAAAGACUUGACCUGGAUGACUGAGAAACUCUACAGACUUUUCCCUACCUGAGUUCACCUCCCACCCUUUAAAAAAAAAAAAAGAAUGGAAGAUCUUCAAUAAUUAAAAGUACUCAAGUAUAGGAGCAGAGCCUGGUGCUAUGGAGACAUUGGUCUAAUAUUAUGUCUAACAUCUGAUGUUGGCCUAACAUCUGUCUGUUCCAUUAGAUCUGAGAUGCAGGUCCUGUUUGUUAGGGAAUUAUAUAUCUGGGGGUCCUAGGAGGUGGUCCUAUUCUGACAUGGUGCCUGCCUUAUGAGACAUUCUCUUCCUUAAAGUGAGGUGAGCUCCAUCCCUGUUAAUAUUCCAGGAGACCAAAAUAUUUGAAUAAGAUGAUUUAGAGUUAGGGUUAGGUUUUAGAAAAAAGAUUGACUUUAAAUUAAAGGAUUUCAAUUUGAAAAAAGUAAUGAGAAAGGGAGUGAGAAAGAAAAAUUGACCAAGGUUAGAGAUUAGGGCAAAUGGUAAUAUUGGUUACAUACCAGAAGAAACAGAAGGAAAAUAAAACAAAAAAUUAGAGAGAAAGAAUAUUAUGGCAAAAAAUUGUGUUGGAGAAAACUAAACGCUAUAGAAAAUUUGACUCGGCCAAUACUCUAUCAGAAAAAAUGUAUUGUUUGUGUGUGUGUGUGUUUGUUCUGAAAAAAAAUAAAAAACUUUUCUUAAAAAAAAAAUAUUCCAGAAGACCUUCAAGGCCAGGCUAAAUCUGAGGAUCUCAGAGAACUGGUUUUGUUGACCGGAGAAGGACCACCUGGUUUCCUAAUCUUCCCACUCCGUAAGAUCCUGUUGCAUCAUGAACGUUAAUUUCACCGCUCCGUGCAUUUCCAAUGCAUCCUUGCCCUCAUCCUCGGAUACCAAGGUGGACGUGAGCAGGCUCAUGGACAUGCUUCAGAUCUUCUUCUACGCAGUUCUUUUUCUGCUUGGUUCCCUGGGCAAUGGAGCUGUGCUUUGGAUCACAGCCCGUCAGACUACACGGACCAUCAGCUGUGUCUGGUUCUUCAAUCUAGCACUGGCCGACUUUCUCUUCUCGGUCACCCGGAUUGUGCCCCUCUUGAAGAACGCUUUUGAUAACGGGUGGCCCUUUGGAAGUUUCCUGUGCAAAGCCAACAGCUUCAUCAAGUAUCUCAACAUGUUCGGCAGCGUCUUCCUCUUAGCUGCCAUCAGCAUUGACCGGGCAACUUGCGUAGCCUACCCAAUAUGGACCAAAAGGCACCGGGACAGCCGCUUGGCAUGGGUCGCUGCCAUCGGAGCUUGGUUGUUGGCCAUUGGCACAAGUAGUCCUUUCUAUCUCUACCGUGGCAUAAAAAUUGACAAGUCUAACAAGACCAAGUGCUCCUUUGCCCUGGAGGGAAAUGAAACCGCCAAACUGGCCAUCUAUAUGUUGAGACUGAUUUGUGGGUUCUUGGCCCCUUUCGCCGUCAUUGUGGUCUGCUACGGCAUCAUCGUUGUGGUGCUGAGGAGACGACGGGCUUCCCUCCGUUCCAAGAAGCCCUUCAGGGUCAUCCUGGUUCUCGUGGUCACGUUCUUCCUCUGUUGGGCACCGUAUCACAUCUUCCUCCUCCUCAAAUUGGCAGACGUGAAAGGCAUAGGACUUUCUAUUGGCCUCCCCCUCUCUUCCUUCCUGGCCUACCUCAACAGCUGUGUCAACCCUAUCCUUUACUUUUUCAUGGGCAUGGACUUCCAUCGAAAGCUGACUCUUUACAGCAUAAGGGCUGCAUUCAGGAGAACCUUGUUUGAAGACAGUGGCACCUCAUUUAGGAGGAAGUCCAGGAAGGAGAUGGCUUCUUCCACGGACGAGCUACCUCAAUCUUCAGUAGUCCCUCAGAUGCAUUGCAGAACCUUAACACUUCCAAGUUCGGUUUAGGAAACUCAUGUGGACUAGGAACUCAUAGGUGACAGGUGAGGAACAUAGAAUCAUAGGGUUGUAAGGGACCAUGGAAGUCUUCUACUAGUCCAACCUCCUGCUCAAGGCAGGAGACCUUCUACCAUCCCAGUCAAACGGUGGUCCAGUCUAUUUCUGAAAACCUCCAGUGACCGAGUACCCACAACUUCUGGUCGUUCUGCUGGUUAAUUGUUCUCAUUAUCAGAAAAAUGUAUCCUUACUUCUAGGUUGGACCUCUCUUUAACUGUUCUGUCCUAGGCUUCCCCAAACCACGAAGCAGACUCCUUGUCCCGACAAACCCCUUUUUAUUAAGCUACUGUGAAUUCCCCUCAUUCACAUCCAGCAAAGCCCCGGCAAACAGUCUUUCCAGGGUGAAUUUACAAACACAGACCUUAUCUGGCUUGGAGAGCUGCCAGGCCGAUAUCUUCAAAACACAGUGCUGUACAAGAAAGUACUUGGCAAGGGGUCUCGGAGAGUCACCA